CAAAUAAUUCCCGGCGCAGUACUAACACAACUGCGUAGUAGAAAAACAAAGCGGACACUCACAAAGAACCUGAAAGAAAGAAUCAUAAAAACUCUCUUUCUCUCUCUUCAUCUCUCACUAAAUUCUGUCACUCGCUCUUGUGCUCCCUCACUCUGUUGUUCUCCACCCGCUCUCAGUAUCCGGUCCAAUCAUCGGCUAAAAAAAUUGGGUCCGGUCCGUUCAAUCGAACCAAAUAAACUGCAACUCUGUUCAGGUUUUUUUUUGUUUAUGUCUCCUACAAAACCUAGUUGUGCUCGUAUACUAAUAUUAGUGGUAGCUACUAUGAACCUACAAAACAUUGAAUUAGCGUAACUGAAGAAUGCCGGGGAUUCCUUUAGUCACUCGUGAAACCUCCUCAUAUAGCAGAAGCACGAUAGAUCAGAUGUGCCGUGAAGAGGGACGUGGUGGUGGUGGUGGUGGUUUGCAUUUAACUGAAGAAGAAGAAAUUGCUGCUGAAGAAAGUCUUUCGAUGUAUUGCAAGCCUGUUGAGCUUUAUAAUAUUCUUCAGCGUCGGGCCAUUGGAAAUCCGUCGUAUUUGCAAAGAUGCUUGCGUUAUAAAAUACAGGUGAAGAAUAAAAGAAGAAUACAAAUGACAAUUUCGAUGCCUGUUACUCUAAAUGGAUCUGUACAAUCAGAUAAUCUAUUUCCCUUGUACAUUUUGUUGGCAAGGCUUGUAUCCAAAAUUGGGGUUUUAGAGUAUUCUGCAGUAUAUCACUUUAGUCGACCGUGUGUUUUGACCAACUUUGCUGGAGUCGAGGGCAGUACUCAAGCGCAAACAAAUUUCGUUCUCCCUGAGAUGAAUAAGCUAGCAUCAGAGGUCAAAUCUGGCUCACUGUAUGUCUUGCUUGUCAGCUUUGCUGGGGCUCAAAGUUCUAUGCAUGGAAUUGAUUUAACCAACGGUCAUUUGGAAAAUGUUGGAGGAUGCUGUCUAUUGGGGAAGAUACCAUUAGACUCGCUUUGUAAUUUCUGGGAGAAGUCACCAAAUUUGGGUUUGGGACAACGAGUGGAGGUGACAUCUCCUGUUGACAUGAUGGCUUGCUUCUUGAAGUUGACUUGUUUGACCGAGGACAACUGUGUUUUAAUUCAAAUUCCAUUUAAUUCUGAAACUGUGAAUACAUCACAGCUGCAAGUCAACGUUUCUGCAGAAGAGGUUGGGGCUAAGGAAAAAUCUUCCUAUCAUUCAUACACCUGUGGUGACAUUUCUUCUUCAUCGUUGUCUCAUAUCAUUCGGUUGAGGGCAGGAAAUGUGAUUUUCAACUAUAGGUAUUACAAUAAUAAGUUGCAGAAAACUGAAGUAACUGAAGACUUUUCCUGCCCAUUCUGCUUGGUAAAAUGUGCAAGCUUCAAGGGUCUGAGAUAUCACUUGCCUUCAUCACAUGAUCUCUUCAACUUUGAAUUUUGGAUAACGGAAGAAUUUCAAGCUGUAAAUAUAUUUGUGAAAACUGAUAUUUGGAGAUCUGAGAUUGUUGCAGAUGGUAUUGAUCCAAAACAACAAACCUUCUUCUUUUGCUCAAAGAAACCAAAGCGCAAAAGACCCAAGAACCUUGUUCAAAAGGCAAAGAAUGUACUUGACAAGACUCUGAGCAGGCAACAGGGAGCUGGUGAGCUGCUUGACAAGAUUGGUGGCGGUGGGAAGGAUUUGCAAACCGCUAGCUUGUGUAGCAGAGAGUAUGGAGAACACAAUCGUUCUGGUGCUGAUGUUGUGGGGGUUUCAGGUUCUGCAGCACAUUCAUAUCCUGAUGCUGAAUGUGCUCAAAUGGUACCUGGGAAUAAUCUUGCACCUCCUGCCAUGCUACAAUUUGCAAAGACAAGAAAAUUAUCAAUUGAACGGUCUGACAUGAGAAACCGUACGCUCCUUCACAAACGACAAUUUUUUCACUCACAUAGAGCUCAGCCAAUGGCAGUUGAGCAAGUUAUGUCAGAUCGGGAUAGUGAGGAUGAAGUUGACGAUGAUGUUGCAGAUUUUGAAGACCGAAGGAUGCUUGAUGAUUUUGUAGACGUGACUAAAGAUGAGAAGCAAAUGAUGCACUUGUGGAACUCAUUUGUGAGGAAGCAGCGGGUUCUUGCAGAUGGACAUAUCCCGUGGGCAUGCGAGGCAUUCACGAGAUUGCAUGGACACAACCUUGUCCUAGCCCCAGCUCUGAUUUGGUGUUGGAGAUUAUUUAUGAUCAAACUGUGGAAUCACGGACUACUUGAUGCGCGGACGAUGAACAUGUGUAAUAUGAUUCUUGAACAAAUCCAAAAGCAGGAUUUGGAUCCUAUGAAAAGCUAGAGAUUGCAUGGACAAGGAGGAAUAAAAUUUGCCUUUACAUUUAUUAUUUUGUUCUUGCAUUUAAUUGUGGAGCUCAAUUGCCUACCUUUCCCUUCGUCUCCGCUCAUCAUACUAUGUUCCUGUUGAUCUGCUAAGUUCACAUACACGGAACCACCAAUAUCCACACGAUGAAGUUUUGUUUUAUAUUAAAUAUUUAAGAUCGUGCUGAUUGCUAGAGAGUAGCUGUUCUA